AUGACCUCCAAACUGUGCAGCGAAUACAGCUGGCGAGGCUACUUGACUUCACAGGGAAUCGUUUCAGUGGAUGACGAGCUGCUCCUGGACGUUUUUCAGUCUUCCCUGCAUGGAGCCCCACUGCCAGCACCGUGGAGCAUGUGGCACGACAAGCAGAGCAGUUCCUUGUUCUUCACGAACACUUCCACUGGAGAGACCUCCUGGACCCAUCCCUUGAAUUCAUUACUUUUUGACUUGGCCUGUGUGGCUCAGAGAUUCUUGGCGUUGCCUUUUGCCAGCAGGGCCGAGCACCUGGCGGCGUUGAACCGAACAUGGGAAGCCGAGGCACGUGCAGAAAUCUUGAGGUGGAGGUCUGCCUACGACGAUGGCGCCGAGUACUUCUACAACGUGGAGACAAAGGCGGCUAUGUGGGAACGGCCGGUCGAUGCACUGCUCCCGGCCUUCUACCUCAAAAAGCAGUACCUGCGAAAUCUGAGUGCGCAUUGUAGCAACGCUCCGUCUCACAAGGAGAGGAGUGAAGUCGCAGACGGAGACCGGCAUGGUCAGGAAGGAUGCGGCGGAUACGGUUUACGACCAAGUGUUCCCCUGACCGCGCAGAGCCACAUUUCCGUGAGCUGGGAGAGCUAUCUAAGCAAGGAGAUCCUAAAGCUCCCUGACGAUGAGGAGCUUCUCCAAGUGUUUCAGGCCGUCCUCACAGGAGCUCCCCUGCCAGCACCAUGGAGUAUGUGGUGCGACAAGGGGGCUAAAGCUCUUUUCUUUACCAAUGCUGCAACUCGCGAGACAUCAUGGACCCAUCCCCUGCACGAUGUGUUCGUUUCUCUAGCAGAAGUUGGACGUCGAUUCUUCACUCUGCCGUUUGCCACCCGGGCCGAACAUCUUGUAGCAUUGAACAAAACAUGGGACACCGAAGCACGGGCAGAGAUCCUCAAAUGGCAGGCUGCAUAUGAUGAGCAGGACAGAGAGUAUUUCUUCAACGUGGAAACGAUGGCAGUGAUGUGGGAGAGACCAGCAGAAGCAGUGCUCCCCGCAUUCUACUUAAAGAAGCAAUUUCUCAAGAGACUGAGUCUCUGCAAACCUGCGCCUGUUGAGCGCAGGGGAAGCACAAGCAGAGAGCGGGAUCGAGACAGUCAGUCUACCAUGGCUUCCACCUCGAACUCUUCAAUCUCUUCGGUUUCAAGGAUGAGAAAGAGCAGGAGAAGCUCUCGAAAAGUAUCGAACCAUGCACUGUUCGACGACAAUUGGGAGUACUACUUGACCACGCAAGGCAUCGUGGACAUCCCAGGGGAGGAGAUGUUGUUGCUGACUUUUCAAAGUGUCUUGAAAAUUGCACCAUUGCCCGCCCCGUGGAGAAUAUGGAAUGACAGGGCCAACAGCCGCUUCUUCUUUGUGCAGAAGUCGACGGGAAUCACCUCAUGGCAGCAUCCCCUCAACUCUGUCUUAUUGGAGCUGGCAGCCGUUGCAAGGCACUACCUGGGUUUGCAUGAGCAAUCUAGGGCCGAUCACCUGGCCUUCUUGGGAAGUACAUGGGACGGUCAGGCAGAAUCUGAGAUCUCCAAAUGGAAAUCCGCACUAGAUGAGGAUGACAUGGAGUACUUCUUCAAUGUGGAGACCAGCGAGACCAUGUGGGAGCGUCCUGAGGAUGUUGUCCUCCCAGAGCUCUUCCUGAAGCGGCAGUUUCUUUCCAAGUUAUCCGUAGCAGCUGAGCCAAGCUCGGAACAGGGAGCACCGCAGAAACCCCAGCCACCCCAGCCACCACAGCCACCGGAGCCAGACGAGCAAUCACAAUCACCUCAGCCACCGCAGCCACCAGAACCACCACAAACACCGCAACCACCAGAACCGCCAGAGACGGUGACCAAGCCAAACGUUGACCUUCCCUUGAUCCAGCCCAUGCCUAAGGCUCCCGUGAAAGUGUUGAAGGUGCAGCCAGUUGGGCCAAAACCUGCACCUCCUCCAACGCCGAUGCCCAAGGCUCCAGUGGAGCUUCGGGUCCAAGCAAAGCCACCACUUCCGCCCGGAGCAAGCCAUUCACCUACCAGGGUCAAAAUAAAGUCGAUCUCGCCCAAACCAGCGCGGAUGGGCGAAGCCGUGAAAGUCUCCGUCGUGCGCAAGACUGCUCGAGCUCUGUCGAGGGACGAGGCACCAAAGGUCACGGUGAUCUCUCGCGACGCUGCCGUACACAAAGGACCUACUGUGACGGUGAGGACAAUGAAGGAACAAGCCUCCCCUGAACAUGAUGGCAAGCAGCUGCAAGUUGCCAAAGCCGCUGCGUCCGCAGCUUUUUCUGCCACAGCGGGGACAACUAUUGAGAGGCUUCAGGCUGCAGCCCAGGCAGCAUAUGAAGCAACUUCGACUGCAGCACCGGACGAACAUGCCUCUAACGUGCAGCAGGCACUGUACGAAGUCGUGCAACGGAUGCAAGUGCCUGCACCCGGUGGUGAGGCUUGCAACACCUUGGCGGAGAACGCUUAUUUCUUCGCAAGAAGCGUGCGCGAAGCUCUUGAAGGUUCUAGCGUGAAGCUGCCGAGCCCAGAUGGAUCUGCUGCUGCACUGGCAGCUGCAGCUGCACGCCGCUCCGGCUUGAGUGCCUCAUGGCAAGUGGAUGCUGCAAUCGCAGCAGCAUCGGGUCAAAGGUUCAGCGGGUCUUCAUCGCCGUCGUUUGCAGCAUCAUCUCAUUUGUUUGAUGUCAUCAAGCAGGUUGCAUCCGAGUCUGCUGCUGAGACAGAGACGAGGGAGGCGUGGUUGCAGAAGGCGGCUGAGAAGAUGACUCCGCUGCAGCAGAAAGACGUGUCGAACGUCCGCUCAUCAAAAGGCCAAGAACUCGCAGCAACACGUGACACUUGGAUAAUGAGCUCACCUGAGCAGGUGGACAGCUCUCCGUCAGGAACAGAGACAGCAUCUGUUCUUGGGCGGACUGGACGUCUUUCGCAGACAGGAUCUUCCAAAUUCGCAGAGUUUUGCAACUUCCGCGAUGUUCGGCGUGCAAUGGCAGAAGCAGAGAACUGCUUGGCCGCUUUUGAGGAGGAGAGAAAGAAUCAGCGCAAAGCGCUCAGGAGACGUUCGCGAAACAAGCUUCCCACUGACAUCCUGGAUGCAAUGGGUGAAGCUCAGCGGAUUCUCUCUGCCUUCGAUGAGGAGCGCCGGUUGCAGCUGCAGCAGCUUCGGGUGGAAAGAGCAAAAUCUCGUGCCAAUUUACCUUAA